CGACGACCGCGACCGCGACAGAGAGCUUCUCUCGCCUCUCCGCCAACGUCGCCUGACCCUUCCCACUCACCCACCCCGACGCCGCUCUCGACGAGCUCGGUUCCGUCGAGGACACAUGGAACGGCGCGUCUGAGCCCCGAUGCUCCAGCUGCAACUCGCGCAGUCUGCAUCGUCCGCCUACGCGUCCUCGAUGUCGCUCACCUCCCGCCCCGCGAGCCCCGUGAACUCCCCCGCGCCGGCCGCGCGGCCCUUCCGCUUCUCUUCUGCCCAGCACGACAUGAGCUCGGGUCGCAGAGAUAGCAAGCUCUCUGAGCUUCUCUCUCGCAAGCGCACCUCGUCGCUGCCACCUAAGAAGGACAACGGUGCUACCCGCGACCCGUUCACAGCGCAUCCCUCGGGCUCUGCGUCGUUCGUCACCUAUGAAGCCUCCGCCACCCCUGCUGCUUCAUCCUCCAUGUCUCCCGCCUCUCCGUCCAACCCACAGCAGAGCCCCCUAGCCGGCCCGCCAAAACGCGCGCGUGGGAGUAUGCUUCUCUCCUCGGGUAUCUCGCUCCCGUUUUCACGCCAGCGCAACAAGACCAAGAAAAUACGGCCGCCGCCACCGGCUACUCAAUUCAUGUUCUCGGAGGUGAUAGAGAUCUCUGCGCCUCCACCGCUGCCCCCAGAGGAGGAUGAGGACCGCGACCGCUUACGUGACGCGGCCGCACAGUCUAUAGGAUUCGACCCAGUCCUCCUGGAGGAUCGCGAGAGCGUCUCCUCGCGGUCGCACAUUCGCUCGUUUUCCGAGUCGCAUGCGCGCUCGGAAAGGUCGAGAUCACGCUCCCGGUCCAGGUCGCGUUCCCCUUCGCCAACGCGUAUGCGGUCAGCGCGCCCGGCAGGCUCCCGCGCCGAGACGCCUGUCGUGCGUACUCUGCCGCCGUUCCCUACGAAUCGGGCGGCGCUCGCCCCAUGGAUCCAGCGUACUUCGCGAGUCUUCAGGCACUAUCCACCAACAUCGCUCUUGCUCUACGCUCUUUCGAAGCAGUGGAAGAGCCGCACCCUCGUCCUCACUUCCUCGCCAUGCCCGUCAUCUGGUCCGCCGACACAUACGACGUCGUUCUCCUCGCAGUCACAAUCCCCUUAUUCCACGCUUUCGUCGUCGUCACAGCCGCAACAUGUAGCCCACCUGCAUGUUUUCAAGUCGGAUGGCGUUAACGACCGUGAGAUGGAACGGGUCGAAAUUGGUGCAGAUAGUGUGGUCUUCGUGGCUGACGAAGAGAUCGGUGGCCGGCGCGGUGUUGUGAAAGUGGGUGGAGUGGGAGGCGCAGAGAUGACUCUGUCCAUGGCCGACCAAUCGGAGUGGAUUGAUGCUAUUAAGCAGGCAGUGCUCAGCGAGAGAUCCGUACGUGCCGGCUUGGGUGCGCUGACCCACAGCAAUGGCGUAGAGCCUCGAGGAGAUUUGGACGUCAUGCUUUCGAUGCGUGCGCAGGGCAUCUUCACCCCUCCCCCUCCUGCAACUCCUGUGACUUCAAUGUCGUCGGCCGCAUCUCAUAACAUGACAGCUGGGGGGACCACGUCGUCACCUGUUCCUUCGUUGCGUUCCAUAUCUCCCCAGCUCUCGCGCCCGCCCUCUGUCGCAGUCUCCGCGCUACGUGGCCUUUUCGGAGCAAACCGCCCUCGUUCGCCUUCCGCAGCGACCUUAGACACGAGCAUGAAUGUGGUGUCUGAACGUGAUGGCACCGAGACACCGCCACCUAUGGAAGACUCUUCAUUUGGCCGUGCAGGGACAAGCUUGUUGAGCAUGCUCCGGUCAAAUAGCGUCUCUGGCGAGCGACCUCUCUCACCAACUACCCCUAUCUCGUCCGUUCCAACCACACCGCGAGUCGGGACCACCUCACCGGUCGACCUUCCGAUACAGAUGGGCCUGAUCUCCCCUCCGGGGCCUGUACCCUCGCUCGACCAGAAGAUCUUGCAGGACCACGACCGUGACAGCCUGCUGCCAUCUAUCGGCCGAGACAGGAAUAUCGGCCUCGGGCUCACAGGCUUGAAUGGUGGGAGCCUCGACGAGCAUGUUACGCGGUUCCACAGCAGCGGCAUUCCAUCUUUUGGUUCCGCGUCAUUGCAGCCGCCGCCUCGCCGGCGGGCCUGGACUGCGAGCGGAGCCCCGCCCGUCGCACGCGCAAACGGCGACAGGAACGGGUUCGCGUACACGCACGCCAAUCUGAGCACGGCGGAGACACUUGGUGUGAGGCAUAACGGGAGCGCGUUCCUGUCGCCCCCGGUGACGACGUCGCCGGCUAUGUCGACCUCGACGUCCCCUUCCGUGAACUCGCCCUCUACGACGUCGAGUCCGAAGUUCAGUCCAAGCCCCAGCCUCAGCCCCAGCCUUAGCGCGAACGGCGGUGGGGGGCUUUCGGCGUCCCCAUCCAAGGAUGACGGUCAGCCGCGCUCAUCGUGGUCAUCGGUCUCUUCUCUUGGGUCCGGCGAGCAACAACCGCCUAGAACUUCGUUUGAGUUCGGCACGAAGCGUUGGUCACGACAAGGUGUUCUGCCUAGGCGGCUUUCCCCUCCGAACGGCCCGCCCCCGGCUACCCCUCCAUCGGGCCCCGCCCCGUUGUCUCCCUCGUCACCCGGACGGACCUCGUUGCACCAGCAACGACCGCAUCCGUACGCAGCGGAUAGCCCCCCUAGUCGCUCGUCAUCGCAACGCUCGGCACAUAGCCCGCAGAGCAUCAUAUCGGGUUUCCAGAGCUUCUCCAAGCGCGCCUCCGGGUCGUCUCAGCGGAGCGACAGCACGGUCAGUACAACCCAGAGUCAUGCUACUCCGGCGGCCCGUGGAAGCGGUUUGUUGGGGCAGGCCCUCACGCUGUCGAUGCCGCAGGCGACGACGCAUGUGAGGCCAAGGUCGUCGCAUAGGGUGUCUAUGCCGCCCCCUCAGAGGCCUGUGCCGAGUAUGGCGCUUCCGCCGACGCCUCAGUCGGGAGUGGACGAGUUUGGUAGUGGCGGUAGUGGGAGGACGGAGGUUAUCCCGCUCCCCUCGCCUAUGCCUCUGCCGACGUUGAAGGCUUACCCAACGCGGCCUCCACAUUCGGCCCCAGCCACGAAGACGACGUUCAGAGAGACGUUCACGCUGCGAGCGUCGCGGUUCUCGUUGUCGCCACCUACCACUCAGCCGCCUUCCUCUGCCCUGCCCCCGCGUCCAGACGAGGUUCCAGCCACGCGAGCCUCGCGACAUCGGCGUAGCACAAGUGGUGGUACUCCGAACCUCCCUACCAUCCCUGCGUCUCCCAACCCUCUCAUCACUCCUGCUGCUCCGCCGAAUGGACCGCUCCCACCACCACCUAUCGCGCCCACGCCCUCGCGCCCUACUCCUACCCUUCUGAUCAAGCGCCGUUUGCGCAUGCUCAGCGCGCCGUCUCCCUCCCCGCCACCUUCGGUCCCGAUCCCCAAUCCACCCUCACCCGCGCCCUCCUCCAUCAACCCUUACUCCGUCCCCUCCACCCCAAUCGGCGAGCCCAUCAUAUCGUUCCAAAACGACACCAGCUUCAUGUCGAUCUCGACCACCCCGCCUCAGUCUCCGCUCUCGGUAAUCUCCCCACCAUUAGUGUCCCCUCUCCUCCCUCCUCCCCCAGAACAGUCGCCCGAGAUGCGCGGCAUCACGUCGCUCUCGCCUCCACCCCGCCGGGGGUCGAAACAGAUCUCGGUGCUGCAGAUGGAGGACAGCGAGGACGAGGACGAGAUUGAGCAGGGAGACGAAGAAGAGAAGCUGGUCGAGUUCAAGCUGGACGGCGACUCGGGUUCGGAGCCCGAGCGGAAACCGCUGUCGCUCUCACCUCAGGCGUCGCUGGAAGACGUGCGCACAUAGGCAAACAUUCAUUUCCGUUAGAUGCGUUAUAUUCUUUCAGUCUCCUUCCUCCUUCGUCGCCUUAUGCACUCACCUUCCUGUGGGCGAUGUCAGUUGGCGUGCUCGCGCCGGGCUUCUGCGUGUAUUCGUAUACUUCGUGGGUUCAGGAGUUACGCCUUUUGCGUAUCCUCUUACUCUGCUUUGUUCUUCGUGUUUGCUCGUUGGUGUGUUUUCGUGUCUGUCUCUUCGUGUAUCAUACGCUCAUCACGACGUAGGUACGCCCUCUCACGUCUCAGUCGCGACAUUCUUCUCUUCGUGCUGUAUAUGCUUUCCUCGGAGGUUCUCACACGGCCAGGAACGGUGCAUCGGGUCUCCCACUACUCCUCACACAUACAUACGUACAUGCGUAUAUUCAAUUACAAGUACCAUACGUACCCCAGUCCCUGGUUUUCUUCUGUCGUUUCGUUUCUCACUCAUGAUGGUUGCGGGGCGCAAACUCUGUAGUUGGCAUUGUACAAUAUUCAUGUUACACCGUCUUGGAACCGC